GGACGGCGUUGCCAUAGCAGCUGGUAGGAAGAGGAACCCGGACUUUCCCUUUAUCUCCUGCAGUCUUACACACUAAACAUGCCUCAGACCGUGACCCUGAAGGGACCGUCUCCGUGGGGGUUCCGGCUGGUGGGAGGACGCGACUUCAGCACCCCGUUAACCGUGUCCAGGGUUACUCCCGGCAGCAAGGCGGCUCAAGGCGACCUGUCUCCAGGCGACACCAUCCUGGCCAUCAAUGGCGAUAGCACGGAUCAGAUGACGCACAUGGAGGCUCAGAACAAGAUCAAAACCUGCACCCAACAGCUCACGCUCAACAUCUGCAGAUCGGGAUCCGGAGAUAGAGUGUGGUCGCCAACGCUUAGUGAAGACGGCAAGACAAGCCCUUACAUGGAGCCUGACUCUCAGAACUUCCGGCCCAUCACCAGCGGGUACGGCGGUUACAGUCGUAAGCCUUCGUACACCCCGGAGCCGCAGCUCCCGCCCCCUCCGGCUCCUCAGCCCACGUACCUGAACAACGGGCACUCCAGACCCAACAACGGCCACAGCUACGUGCACGGCAACGGGACCGGGCCCGGGCACGCCCAGUACAACAACCCGGCCGGGCUUUACACCCAAAACAACAACCCGGCCGGGCUUUACACCCAAAACAACAACCCAGCCGGGCUUUACACCCACAACGGCAGCAACGGCGACCGAGCCCUGCCCAGCAAGAUGGGAGGGCUCAGCCUGAGCGCCACACACAGCCCGGAGCCUCCCCCUCAGUCCCCUGUGGGCCGUAAUGGGUUUGAUCCGCAGUCUGAUGUCUACAAGAUGCUGCAGGACUACGAAGAACCCAUCUCUGAGCCCAAACAGUCCGGCUCCUUCAAAUACCUGCAGGAGAUCCUGGAGGCCGAGGAUGGAGGCGUGUCACCGACGGAGAGGAAGAGGAGCCUGAAGUCUCCGGUCAGGUCUCCCAUCCCCAAGCUCGGCAGCCCCGUCCCCACCCCCAUGCCCGGCCUGCAGAAGCUGCCCCAGUGCACACGCUGCUGCAACGGCAUCGUCGGCACCAUCGUCAAGGCCCGGGACAAGCUCUACCACCCCGACUGCUUCAUGUGCGACGACUGCGGCGUCAACCUGAAGCAGCGCGGCUACUUCUUCAUCGAGGAGAGCCUGUACUGCGAGACCCACGCCAAGGCCCGCGUGCAGCCCCCCGAGGGCUACGACGUGGUGGCCGUGUACCCCAACUCCAAGGUGGAGCUGGUGUGAGAGGAAGAGACUGACUAACGGGACUCCCCCGGGGGGGCCCGGGGCUACUGAGUUCUCUAACCAACACUGACCUGGCUCUGUCACGUAGGACUGCUGAUCUCGGAUCAGUUUCUGCCGUUUUUGGGAGGCUGGUUUGUAACGUCAGUGAUCCCAGAUCAGAGAUCCACACUGACAGACUUGAGAAAUGUUUAUGUAUAUGAAGCGUGUUGAAAUAUGUUGAAAUAUGUCGACAGAUUCGGGCUCUGGGGCCGACACGUCUCCCAAAACUACCAAACCAUUAAAAAAGCAGAUACUGAACUGUGUUUGUGAACCAUUUCCUAUUUGGAAAGAUGUCAUCUCUCAUCCAUUCCGUUUACAUUGAACUCUAAAUGCAAGAAAAUUACUGCACCGGACGAGGUCAUGCUCAGAAAAACAGGAUUUACAUGCACAUUGGAAUCACAAGCACUUCUUUCACGUCAUUCCCAAAUACGACAAGUGCAGAUUGCAAAAAGCGUUUUGAUUGAGGUGUUGAUGGCUGCUCCAGCUUGUCUUAACAGUCCGCAAAUCAGACAUUUUAUUUUACGAAUAACGUGUCUGAUGUGCUCAAACCCGGUGUGUUUGCAGCGCUGAGCUGUGCAGGUUAGUCCUCAAACCCUCCAGAGCUCGUUUUUGAUCUAACUUUAAAAGAGAUGCCUUGCUAGAAAAUACCAGCCUGCCUUUUACAAAGUCGUGUGAAGUAUAGUCUGUUUAAAAGCUUGGUUAAGGGUCUUUUUAGCAAUAGUACAGUUAAGCUUUUUACUCAUGUUGACAGGACUUGUGGGUUUUUUUGUUGUUUGUUAUUUUUUAAUUUACAUCCAGCUCUCUUCACUCUUUUUCUACGUGGCCAAACUUGGGGAAAAAUCUCUGUUUCUCUUUCAGACCACCCUCAAACAGCAUGUGUUAGUUGUCAGUGCCUGGAUUAUGUUUGAGUACGUUUCGGAGAUUUAAAGAUGUACAACCUUCAGUAAAUGUCUUUUUUUUUUUUUUUCUUUUUAUAUGCUUUGCAAUCUCCAUCUUGAGCGAACUUGUUGAUGAUCAUCUUCAGGAGUUUGUCCCAGAUGUGAUCACAACCACUGCAACUGCAAAUUACAAGCAAUCUGAGCGUAAUGAAAAAGCAGCCGAGCUUAAUGUGAGUGUUCUAACCAAACGUCUGGCUCGUGCACCUGAACGAGAGGAAUUUCAGAUAAAAUAAAACCCAUUUCUCACUCAGCUGUUGUAAAACCUUCAAGGUUGGCAUUAAUACGCCCUCUACUUCACAUGAUGGUUUUUAGAGAUGGCUCUGUGCCUUUUAAGACGGGAGAUAGCCAUGGAAAACUGUUAUAAAUAAAUGUUAAAAAAGCUUAAAUAAAGUGGACUCCACAUCCAACGGAUGGAAAGGUUUUGGCUCGGCCACUUAGAUCUGUCUCAACUUCUCCUUGGAAGAGGGAAAAAGACCCAAGUUGAAAGCAUGCCGUGUUUUUUUUUUUUUUUUUUUUUUUUUUUUUUUAUUCCAUUCCUACGAUUAAUUCAUACGUCUGGUCAACGCCAAGGCCGUGAAGCACAUGAAAUACAUUUGUACAUUUCCUCUGAGGGAGAAACGCUGUGAGAAACAGAAAUCAGUCAGAUGGCAUGUAAUCUGCUUUCCUGACACAAAUCCUCUCUGGAGGAGGAAAAGCUAGUCUCAUUACGCCGCCAUCAAUCUUAGUUUAUCUCAACUGGAGCGCUGAACUGGGCUGGAAAGAGUGAUUGUUUUUGUUAAUUUAGAAAUAUUUCUAACAUGCCUUUUUGAAAUAAAAGUGACUUUUAUUUUCUUUGCCGUGAAAACAUUCCCCCCCUCCCCAAUUUAUCAGCGGUGCUGUGGAGCUGGUGAUGCGCCAGCCGUAUUAAUCUUGUAAAUUAUGUGAAAAUUUGAACGCUAACAUGUUUUUGUCUUUGGUAUUGUACAUAUUUGUUUCGUUGGGAUUGCCUUAACACAAUGUAACACUUGUCACUUGCGUGUUUUUUUUCUUUUUUGUUUUUUUUUGCAUCUUUUGCCUUUUUUUUUAAGUUUUUUUUUUCUUUGUCACAGUUUCUCUUCUUGUAUUUAACUUAUUGUUCUCCCCAUACAUGAUUUUUGUUCUGGAUUUUAAUAUUUUCUCUGUUUUAUUUUUUCUAGAUUCUAAAUAAAAAGAGAAGUGCGUUGCCGUGA